GCGGCUGCUGGCGUGAGAUGGGCGUGCGUACCAAGACUGUCAAGAAGGCCGCGCGGGUCAUCAUCGAGAAGUACUACGCGCGCCUGACGCUCGACUUCCAGACCAACAAGCGCGUGUGCGAGGAGGUUGCCAUCAUCCCCUCCAAGGGGCUGAAGAAUAAGAUUGCCGGCUAUGCGACGCACCUGAUGAAGCGUAUCCAGCGAGGACCGGUGCGCGGCAUCUCGCUGAAGCUGCAGGAGGAGGAGCGGGAGCGGCGCAUGGACUUUGUGCCCGAGGUGUCUGCGGUCGACACCGACGUGAUUGAGGUGGACGCCGAGACCAAGGCGAUGCUGCGGAGCCUGGACAUGGGCAACUUGCAGGGGAUCGUGGUGCACUCGGGGCAGCAGGCGUGGAAGGGCGGCAAGGACCGGAAGUAAGACUUCCGCAUCUUCUUGUUCCCCUUGCCGCAGCUGCGGCGGCGUUUUGGAGAGGGCAGCGAUUUACGUCCGCAGCGCCGGCUAGGGCGUGUCCGUGGCGCGGGGCGUCGGCGGCGCUGCGUUUGCGCUGCGCCGGCAGCUUCGCCCCGCUCGCCAGCUCUCUCGGGCCGCUGCGGAUCGCGAUGUCCGCGAGCCGUGCUGCGAAACGAUGCGCUGCUGCAGCUGCUGGCCGGGGGUAUGUCCGCGGCUCAGCUUGGUGUGUAAUGUAAACCGAUCUACCUUCAUUAAAGUACUCUU